UGGGCAGGAGGUGCAUGCUGCAGCUCGCCUCCCUUCCCUUGCCUGGUGCCGGUGUGAGCGCUGCCCUGGGGACGAGGGCCCGGGGAGAUGGUGAGCAGAGCCAUGGGCAGCGUGCCACGCACCGGCUCCGUCCUGCAUCAGGCACCGGCCCUGCAGGGCUGCGUGUUGCUGGAGCAGAGCAGGACAGGAGCCCCGUGACUGCUGUGGGGCUCUGGGCCGUGGGGAGGGAGAGGCAGCGCUGGGAGCCCUUCAGCAGUGCGGUGACAUUGCUGCCGGGCCAGGGCUCCCUUUGUGACCCCCAGUCUCUGUCUGGAUGGCGACCCUUUAGAGAGCAGCGGAACGGAUCUCCAUCGAGGUCCGUUCCCUGGAGUUUCUUUGUUCAUGGCGCUGAGAGUUUCAUUGCAGGGGGAGGAAGAGCUGCUUUGAAAAGCCCGUUUGCUCUUGCCAGUACUAACUCUCUUUUAUUUUCUACUUCCAGAGCCGUAUGUUUUGUAUCAGAGCCGCGGAGUAUGUCUCUGCACUGAAGCUGUGCUGAAGACCUUUGCGGCUGAGCCUGGAGGACCCACCCCGUUCAUGAGCGCUCCCGUGUGAGCUUUGUCCGGUGGCCGCUGUGUCGGUGCUGCAAGAAGGGCUUCGGGGGUCUUCCGCUCGGGCUUUGGGGUGCUUUUCUUUGGUUUGGUUUUGUUGUUCCGCUUCGUGCACCAUGUCGAAUUCGGGCUCCCAUCAAGACACUGGGAACAAGCCAGAGACGGAAAAAAAUAACCAAGAUGACUCUCAUCCCCCCGUCAGCUCCGAGAGGAGGAACAAAAGUGGAAUAAUAAGUGAACCUUUGAACAAAAGUCUUAAGAAGUCCCGUCCGCUCUCCCACUAUUCCACCUUUGGUAGCAGCAGCUCAGUAAGUGAACAUUCAGAGAAAGGCAACCCCUUAACUAAUGGCAACGAAGCAACUGUGGAUAAAAGUAAUUCUACCUCAAAGCACAAAAACAUCUCUAGUAUGCUGAGCAAAUUAGACAGGGUGGCAGAAAUCUCCUCAGAAGGACAGAAUGCCCUACAACAGUUUGCUCAGUCGACAGAAAUGCUCAAAAGAGUGGUACAAGAGCAUAUUCCUCUAGCAAGCGACCAUGGGACUGGUAUCUCUGAUAUGGAGGCAGUCUCAGCUGCAGAGACAAUGAACAGCCCCUCUGAUUUUCCUUACCUGGGGGCUUUUCCCAUCAACCCAGGCCUUUUCAUUAUGACCCCUGCUGGCGUGUUUCUGGCAGAGAGCGCGCUCCAUAUGGCUGGCUUGGCAGAGUAUCCAAUGCAGAAUGAAUUGGCAUCUGCCAUCAAUUCGGGGAAAAAGAAACGGAAAAGAUGUGGCAUGUGCCCACCCUGCCGAAGACGGAUAAACUGCGAGCAGUGCAGCAGUUGUAGGAAUCGCAAAACUGGCCACCAGAUUUGCAAAUUCCGAAAAUGUGAAGAACUCAAAAAGAAGCCUUCUGCAGCACUGGAGGUGAUGCUUCCUACAGGAGCUGCGUUCAGAUGGUUUCAGUAGGAACGGGAAUCCCAAAGCUCUGUCAUCCAAGUGCAAUGUCACUGCUUGCUUGUGUUGUCUCAGGCAAGGGAUUUUGGCUGAAAUGAAUGGAUGCACCUGUGUCUCUUUAGAACCAAAAAUAUUUUCUCGCAAAUUUCAUUCCUUGUUUUUAUAAUUUUUUUUUUUUUGUCGUUUGUUUAACAUCUUCGAGUCCUAGUCAGACAUUUAACUGCUUUUCAAAUAAAAUAAUUAAAAGAAAAAAACAAUGGAUCUGUAAAGUACCAAGACUUAAUAGACAGAGUAUGGACAAUCAGUUUCUUUCUGUGUUUUGGUGUUGAUGUUGUUUAUGUGUGAAAGAUGCAGUACUUGUGUAGGGAAUGUAAAUUUACAGUAACCUUUUAAAAUCUAGUUACUAAUAAGCACUACUGUAAUUUAGCACAGUUGUUUAAUUGCACCCUCAUUUAUACUUUUUAUUUGAUUCUUUCCCGUCAUACAAUAGAGUGGAUAGUUUCUAGAAUGCCUCAACUUCAUGUUUAUAAAUGAGAAUAUGUUUAAAGCGAUGUAGUACCCCUCUCCUCGCCAUUCACCUGCGUACGUUUAACCAGCAAGAAGUUUGGAAUAAAGGAUGGAAGGAAACAAUUGCUGCAAAAAUGGCGGUCUUCGAAAAAAAGGAGAAUUUAAAAAAGGAAAAAAAAGAAAAAAAGGAAAAAAAUACGUUCUUGUUAGUUUAUUAAUAUAGAACAAGAAAUACUGCAUACAGAAAAACUCCUCAUUGCAAUGGUUUACUCCUAGAAGCAAUUUUUGUAAACUCACUGAAGUUAAAAUCAAAAUAAAAACAAUAUUGCAGGACCUGUGCUGAAGCAGUUACGAAAAGUGAUAUUUCUCUUCUGUUCAAAUCCCCGUCUCCAGCUCUCUACAUCAUUAAAUUGAAAUGCUGUUUGUAAUGUUUUAGCGAUCCAGGCUGUUUUUGUGAAUAAAAUGAAUGCAUGUUUUGUGUCAUUA